AUGAGGACGUCAGCAGCAGCAGCAGCAGCAGCACAGCUAUUAGUAGCAGUUCCACGGCAAGCAGCGAGACCGACUACCUCCUUUGAUCCGAGCACGACAUCUGUUGAGACUUCAGGGAUCACGUCAGCCCCGUACAUUACAUCAGAGGUUUUCGACAUCUUGGUGACUGCUCCUACCACUGUCUCUACAAUAUUGCCCACAGGAAGCUCGCCUGGCGUGUAUGUUGUAGCAAAUCCUGCUUCAUAUGUGACCUUGCGGAUACCAUACACCGGCUCCGGCUCUUUAACUGGGCUUUCGACUUUGUCCACAGUUCAACCCUCCGGAAGCACGCCAGGCACAUUCAUCGUGGCCAGCCCGGCCCUCUUCGUCACAUCACAGAUCAUAUACUCUGGUCCCUCUUCGAUCUCAGAGCCCAUCCCUGUGAGUACCGUUCAGCCAAGCGAUUCCGUGCCUGGUACUGUCAUCCUGGCCGUUCCUGCGUCAUUCUAUGCCACUUCUACGUCGAUUUACACCGGCUCCGACUCGUUCGAUGUCCCUACGGCAAUUUCUACGGUGGCCCCGGUUGGUGGAGCUCCCGGCACUAUCAUUGUCGCCGCCCGCUAUGCGGUGGCAAGAGUCCCUUACACAGGCAAUUCGAUCAUCACUGCUCCAAUUGUUGUGGCCACCAUUCCUCCCAGCGGCACCGCUCUGGGAACAGUCAUUUACGCUGACCCUCCAACGACAACGGGUUCAACCGCUUCUACAACAGACGCAUCCAGUGACACGGCGUCAGCAAGUAGCGAGACAAGCAGCGAGGCAGCUAGCGACGUGAAUUCCACGUCGAGCUCAUCAACCACAGAAUCGACAUCCUCUACGUCGGUUUCAUCGGAUGUGGAAACGGCAUCCAGCACACCGAUCAUCGCCGCUUCUGUAUCUUCAUCGGUGUCAUCAGAAGUCUUCUCAUCCACCACUUCCACUGCUGAGAUCGACACAUUGCUGCCGACAUCGACUAGCUCUUCAAUAAUUGAGACUUCCAGUACCUCCAGCGAUUCGAGCAUCGAGCCUACUUCUGCUUCCUCAAGCAGUUCCGCUGUUUCCUCCGAGUUAUCGGCCUCCUCUUUUACAUCUGAUACAAGCACACUGCUCCUUACCUCUAGCAGCAUACUCUACACCGGUAUGAUCAUUGGGACGCCGCUCUUCGCCUCUUUUGUGACUACUACAGUACUCUACGCCGGUAGUGAGACUCUCACCGGACCUACGCCUCUCUCAACAGUACCCCCCUCCGGUACUCAACCAGGCACAGUGAUCAUUGGGACGCCGCUUUUUGCCUCUUUUGUUUCUACGACAAUAGCGUACACCGGAACCGAGACCUUGAGCAACGCCAUCCCGGUGUCUACGAUUCAACCAAGCGGAACACAGCCAGGGAUCGUGGUCUUUGCCACCCAAGCCCCUCAGAGCCCCGCCUCGUUUGUGACGACCACGAUCCCAUUCACCGGCAGCGGGUCUUUGACGGGCCCUUCGGCCUUGACGACCAUCGCCCCUAGUGGAACACAGCCAGGCACUUCGACAUUGACGACCAUUCUGCCAACUGGUGGAGAACCGGGCACUGUCGUCAUUGCCACGCCGCUAUCUUCAAGUCCCGAUGCUUCCUUCAUCACCACUACUAUCGCCUAUACUGGCAGUGAUACCAUCACUGAGCCAACUUUCAUCACAAGUUUCCCACCCAGCGGUACAGCACCAGGAACGAUUGUAUUCGCAACUCAGGCCUCUGUGGCAGCUGCUUCAUUCGUCACGUCAACUAUCCUAUACACGGGAAGUGGAACAAUCACCGGUCCCAUCCCAGUAACCACAAUUGAACCUGUGGGGAGUGCCCCUGGUACUGUUGUGAUCGCCACGCCGGCCUUGUUGGCAAACCUGAACUUCAUCACUUCGACCGUUUUGUACACUGGAAGCGACGCCAUAUCUGAGGCAACGAUCAUCAGUACCAUACCUCCGGUUGGCACUACGCCCGGUACGAUAUUGGUGGCCACUCCCGCAUCAGUCGAAGCGGGUUCUUUUAUCUCAACAACAAUUCCUUACACUGGCAUCGAAACGCUCACGGGUCCCACCAUUCUGACAACAAUUGCACCCAGCGGUUUGGAUCCAGCCAUUGUCGUGAUUGCUACUCCGGUAUCUGAUGCCGCCACCUCGUAUGUCACAACCACGGUACUGUACUCGGGUAGCGACUCUUUGACGGGUCCGACUGCUCUCACGACCGUGCUGGCGUCUGGUUCCAUCCCGGGAACCGUGGUGUUAGCGACCCCUGCUUCGGUUGUGGCCGCAUCCUACGUCUCAACCACCGUGCCAUACUCUGGAACUGACGCAAUAACCGGCGUGAUCCCCCUAUCAACCAUCGCCCCGGUUGGGUCGAUACCCGGAACGGUGAUCUUUGCGACCCCAGCAUCCAUCUCAAGCUUUUCUUCCUCUUACGUUACAACGACUAUCCCAUACUCGGGCAGCGAUCCCAUCACCGAAGCCACUACUCUGACUACGGUAGCCCCCAGCGGAUCCAUUCCAGGGACCGUCGUGAUUGCUACACCGGUAUCCGUCAGCAGUUCCAAUAUGCCCGCAUCAUAUGUGACGACGACUAUUUUUGGGGUCGUUCCCGGCACAAUCAUCUUCGCCGUUCUUGCGUCCAGCUCGGAUGAGCCUCUUACGUCGUAUGUGACAACGACUAUACCGUACACCGGAAGCAACCCGAUUGCUGGCCCAACUACCCUAUCGACGAUAUUGGCAAGUGGCAGCAUCCCAGGCACAGUCAUAAUAGCUACCCCUGUCCCAAGCACAUCUACCUCGGAUGCUGAGCCCUCAUUUGUCACCACGACGGUCGCCUACCAAGGGAUUGCGCCUAUUACUGGGCCGGUGGCUAUUUCAACUAUUGCCCCUGUGGGCACCACUCCUGGAACUGUUGUCAUCGCAACCCCUUCUUCUCAAUCAUCAACUACAACACCCGAGACUUCAACUUUCACUUCGGAGGCUCCUACGUCAAGCUCGGACAGUUCCUCGAGCUCCACAACAUCGACCAGUGAUUCGUCAGCCCUGGAAUCCAGCAGUUCAACAACAGAAGUCUCCACAUCAAGCUCGGAUUUCUCAUCAUCCUAUGUCACUACAACAUUGCUGUACACUCAGAGCUUCAUCACAGGCCCAACUCCCCUCACGACAAUCCCUCCAAGCGGUACUGUCCCUGGCACGGUCUUCAUCGGAACGCCUCCGUCGGUUCUCCCGGCAUAUGUUACUUCGACAGUGUUGUUCACUGGCAGCGAAGUGAUCACAGAACCGACUAUAUUGACCACCAUCCUGCCCAGCGGCUCGGUCACUGGAACCAUCAUUAUUGCCACACCCGCCUCCGUUGCUACAUCCUACGUCUUCACCACAGUAUUCGGCACAGCUCCUGGCACUGUGGUUGUCGCUACCGCUGCCUCGAUUGUCACCUCCUUUGUUACUACUACUGUCCUAUACAGCGGAACAGAUCAAAUUACGGGACCGACUACUCUGACUACGGUCCCUGCCAGUGGCAUAGUCCCAGGUACUGUGGUAGUUGCCACCCCUGCUUCGGCAGCGACCUCCUAUGUGACCUCGAUAGUGCUAUACACCGGAACCGAGCCUUUGUCUGAGCCAACUACGCUCUCUAAUAUUGCUCCGAGUGGCACCGCCCCUGGAACGAUAGUCAUCGGGACUGCAGCACCCCGUUUCGUGACUUCGGAGGUUUUGUACAGUGGCACGGCUGUCUUGACCGGCCCCAGCACCAUCGCUACAGUACCUCCGAGCGGCACCGCCCCUGGAACCCUGAUCGUUGCCACUCCGGCCGCCGUCUAUGUGACUUCGGAUGUGUUCUACACCGGUGCAGACGGAGCCGUCUCAACGCCUACAGUGGUUUCUACAAUCCCACCCAGCGGCACUGCGCCCGGCACUUUUGUCGUUGUUAACCCCGCCGUGUUCGUCACUUCUAACAUAUUAUACGCUGGAACGGAUACCGCCCUCACUGCUCCAACCGUCAUCUCUACGAUUCUUCCCAGCGGCACUGUUCCAGGGACGUUCAUCGUAGCCAGUCCCGCAGUCUAUGUCACAUCUUCGGUGGUUUACACUGGGACGGACCCGGGUUUCACGGCGCCAGCUGCAGUCUCAACCAUUCCACCAAGCGGCACCGCUCCUGGUACUGUCAUCGUGGCUCUCCCUGCUUCGUAUAUCACCUCAGAAGUCUUCUACAGCGGCACCGGAACACUCUUGAGUGCUUCACCGAUCUCGACGGUGCCACCAGACGGCACAAUUCCAGGUACAAUCAUUGUGGCCACACCAGCACCUCGUUACGUCACUUCGCAAGUCUUUUACAGCGGCACAGAGUCACUCGGUGAUCCAACGACUAUAUCAACUGUUUUACCCAGUGGAAGUGCUCCUGGAACUUAUAUUGUCGCAGCUCCGGCCUCGUAUGUCACCUCUGAAUUGGUACAACUCCAGGAACAGUCAUAA